CGCGCCAUAGGCUGGUAGUUCCGCGCGCUUUGGUAGCAAGCAUGUGGCGGGGACGGAAGGAGCCUGCGCGAGAGCGCGCGGAGGCGGAGGAAUCGGCGGAGAGCAGCGACGGGGAGACGGAGGGGAGCCGCGUCGCGGAGAGCGACGCGGAGGACAGCGCAAGUGACGACGCUAGCGGCGGCGGCGGCGGCGGAAGUAACAGGAACGAUAUAGUACACGUGGGAGCGAGGAAUAAGCAGCGAGCGAGAAUGGGAAAGAAGUUGGGAGGGGAGGACCACUCUUUGAAUGACACGUAUGAGUCAGACAGGAGUGACGUGGAGGACGAUAAACACGGAGGAAAGCGGAUCAAAUCCACGUCAUCAGCGACACGUGGCAAGCCUCCCAUCCCCAGCAAGGUGCGGCUGCCUUGGCUGACGUGGCUUGCUCUGACUGGCUCGUAUCUCGUCGCACUGAUUCUCGCCUUCAGCGUGCUCCGCGCUACACUCCCCGCGCAUAAGGACCCGCUCGCCCCUUGCAAGCUCGCGCAUUCCGCCAAUACCUCCGCCAUUUCCGCCGCCGCGGCUGGCGGGAACCAAUGGCCGAACGCGACGUUUUCCCCAAAUGCCACGUGUCCCGUCCCGUGGCACCCAGCCGUGGACGUGCUGACGUGGCGGUGGUCCCCGCUAGCGGCGGCGGCGGCCGUGCUAGGAUUCAUGGUUUGCGCGCUGCGCGCAUUGGGGAGCGGACUGGGGGAAAUCGGCGCGCUGGAGGAGCGCCUGCGCGCCUUAGAAGGGGGAAGGGGCGGGCGCGGGGGAAGACUGGGGGAAGGCGGGGCGGAGGGGGAUGGUGGCGGAAGCGGAGGGGGAGGGGGUUCAGGGGGGGUUGGAGGGGUGUCUGGCUCGGAAGGAGGUUCGGAGGGAGGUUUGGGAGGGAGGGCGGUGGUGACAGCUGGCGGCAAGCUGGCAGUGUCGGUGGGGCGGAGCUCCCUCCUGGGGAUUCUGGUGCACGAGAUAAGGGCGCCGCUUAGAGGCUUGCUGGGGCUGCUCCAGCUGCUCCUCUCCUCCUCCCUCGAUGAAUCGCAGCGCGACAUGCUGGCAGCCAUCCAGGCCACGGCGCGCCACGUCAUCCACGUCGCCAACAACGUCGUCGACAGCUGGCGCAUCGAGAACCGCCGGAUCGCCGCCGCAUCGUCCGCCGCCGCCUCUUCCGCCGCCGCUGCACUGUUCCGAGGGGAAAGAGGCGGAGGGGGAGGGGGUGGGGGAGGGAAUGCAGGGCAGGCAAGGGGGCAAGGGCUGGGGCGAGGUGGAGCAGUGGGGAGAGGGGGGGCGGCGGCGAGUGUGGGGCUGGAGAGUGCGGUGUUUGACCUGCGGUCGCUGGUGGACGAGGUGGUGCUGCUCGUGGCGGGCGAGGCGAGGGAGAAAGGGCUCGAGCUAGCAGCGCUGGUGAUGGACUCCGUGCCCAAUGUGGUGGUGGGGGACCCCCUCAGGCUCAGACAGAUCCUCGGGAAUCUCAUGGCAGUGGCGGUGCGCCUCACAGACAGGGGCCACGUGUUUCUGGUUGUACGGCUGGCGCCGGAUGACGACGAGAUGCAGCGAAUGGCGGACCCCAACUCGCCCGACGGCAUGGAAGCCCCCAGCAGGGAGGCCCAGGCAGUGGAGGCAGAGAGAAUCGCCCGGGGGCGAGCAAGCCAGGCCAAGGGGGAGAGCCUGACUCUGAGUGGGCGGGCGGCGGCGGACGGCAGCAACAGCUGGGAGAGCAUCUGCCGCAUGAUCCGCGAGCAGGAGGCGCGGUUCCGUCGGCUCAUGGGGCCGCAGCGGGGGACAGGAGAAGGGGGGAUCGGGGGGGGAGGGGGAGCAGGGGGAGGGGACGGGGAGAGGGGUGGUGGGGGGGCAGGCGGGGGGAGAGGAGGCGGGAGAGGAGGUGGAGGAGGAAGGGGGGGAGGAGGGGAGAGCAGUGGGAGAGGGGGAGUGCGGCUGAUUUGCACGUUGGAGGACACGGGGGUGGGGCUGCCUGACGCUGUGUUCGAUGCCAUGGAGAUGCCCUUCCACCCGCUCUCGCUGCCGCUGCAGCAGCGCUUUGCGGCCGUGCCGCUGCUGCUCAACGUGGCUCAGAAUCUGGUCCAAGCCAUGCACGGUCGUCUCCUGGUUUACAGCCGCCCUGGCAUCGGCUCCACCUUCACCUUCGACCUCUCGCUCGCCCAGCCGCCCACCGGCCCGGCCUCUAGCCUGCUGCCACGUGUCUUCCACGCGGGCUUCGGGCCAAUCCCGGACGAGCAGCAGGCGGAGUGCCUGGCGCUGAGGGGGAAGCUCAGGGGGUUGAGGUGCCUGGCUGUGGACGGCCGACCCGUGAGGCAACAGGUCCUGGCCACCUGCAUGGCUCGCCUGGGCCUCAAGGUGGACCUCUCAGACAGUGUGUCUGCCGCUGCCCUGGCACUCAGGCAUGACGUCACCUCGCCUGCCGCCCCUGCUGCUGGUGGGGCGGGUGGUGCGGCCUCGGGUGCACACAGCAUGCUGGGCAUGGCUGUGACAGCCCCCCGGAAGAGCCGGUGGGAUGUAGUGGUGGUGGAUGCAGACAGCGAUGGGCCGUCCACGGGCCUGGCGCUGGGGCGCAUGGUGCAGCAGCUGCGGGAGCUGGAGGCGCAGCAGCGGGCCAUGGACCCCGUGGCCAUCACCCAGUCGCUGGCAUCGCUCGGCUGGGAGCAGCACUCCAACCUGCCGCUGCUGGUGCUCGUUUCCAAAGAUUCCAACGAGGCCUUGAAGGAGGAGGCGCAGAAGCUGGGCUUUGCUGGCCUCAUAGUGAAGCCGCUGCGAGCCGCUGACAUGGCGACCACUCUGCUGGAGACCCUCUCAUUCAACCCCCGAGACACCAGCGCCACGGCUGCCAGGCGCCGGCAGAUCCUGCUGCGACUGUGCCUCAAGGGCAAGCACGUGAUGAUAGUGGACCACAACUUCAUCGGCCGCAAGGCAGUGGCUGUCAUGCUUUCACGCUUUGCCGAUGUGGCCGUGGCAGUCGGCUCAGCUGCCGAGGCCCUCGCUCGCCUGCAGGCCGCCCCCUCGCUCGCUCCCUCUCAGGGGCAGGGGCAGAUGCAUGGCUCGGAUUUUCACCUGGUGCUUGUGAAUCUGCGCCUUGCUGACAUGUCAGGCUUCGCCCUCACCGAAGCUAUAAGGCGUAUAGAGGAGCAGCGCUAUAACGAGAACGUGGUGCACAUGGGCAGUGCAGCGCAACAUUCCCACAUACCCGUAGUGGGUCUGGUCAACGACGCCCUGCCUGAACUGGUGGCCAAGUGGAAAGAGGCAGGUAUGGAUGGCAUGCUCUCCAACCCCAUUGACGAGGCUCAACUACUUACUGUGGUUACUAAGCUAUUUAAGCCUGCUGACCCACACACAUAAAAUUAAAUGCCUGAAGAGUUCGAAUAUGUGUAGCUUGCUUCACGUAUGGUGUACAUUAAUGAGGAUUUUUCGCAUUCAGGUUUUUUUUUAAUGGACAAAACGACUCUGUAA